AUGAGGGUUAUUCUGGCAGAUUACGGCUCUGGUUGGAGGGAACAUCGUCGCUUUGCUUUGAUGACUUUGAGGAACUUUGGUUUGGGGAAGAACUCAAUGGAGGACAGGAUUCAUGAAGAGAUUACAUUCACCGUCAGUACCCUGGAAAAGAGCAUUGGUAAAACCAUGAGUCCUCAAGUUAUGUUUCACAAUGCAGCGUCCAACAUCAUCUGCCAGGUCCUGUUCGCUAGACGCUACGAGUAUGACAACGCACUAAUCAAAAUGAUUGUUCAGUGCUUCACUGAGAACUCCAAGAUAGCCAAUGGCCCGUGGGCUAUGCUGUACGACUCUUUUCCUUUAAUUCGUUACUUACCACUGCCCUUCAUGAAAGCCUUCAAGAAUGCAGAGACAGUUGAAAAUCUUGUAAAUGAGUUUAUAAGAGAGCACAAGAAGACCCGAGGUCCCGGAGACCCACGGGACUUUGUUGACUGCUAUCUGGAUGAACUGGAGAAGAGAGGCGAUGAUAGGUCUUCAUUUUCAGAAGACUGGAUCUGUCUGUACGCUUUAGACCUUCACUUUGCUGGCGCUGACACAACAUCCAACACCCUACUUACUGGAUUUCUUUACCUUAUGAACUAUCCGCACGUACAAGAACGGUGUCAGUGGGAGAUAGACCGAGUGUUGGAAGGGAAAGACCGGGUCAGUUUUGAGGACAGACACCAUAUGCCCUAUGUGCAGGCUGUGAUUCACGAGAUACAGAGAGUUGCCAACACUGUUCCUCUCAGUGUCUUCCACUGCACCACUAAAGACACAGAGCUGAUGGGCUAUUCCAUUCCCAAGGGAACAAUGAUCAUCGAGAAUCUGACCUCAGUGCUCAGCGAGGAGGGACAGUGGAAAUUCCGUCAUGAAUUCAACCCUGAAAACUUCCUUGAUGACAAAGGAGAGUUUGUUAAACCAGAGGCCUUCAUGCCUUUCUCUGCAGGUCCUCGGGUGUGUCUCGGGGAGGGUCUGGCUCGUAUGGAGCUCUUCCUCAUGAUGGUGACUCUGCUGAGGAAGUUCAAGUUCAUCUGGCCCGAGGACGCAGGAGAACCAGACUUCACUCCAGUCUAUGGGGUCACUCUGACUCCCAAACCUUACCGCAUGAAGAACCAACUCAGAACGCCACAGUGAGGCGGUGUGCAGAUGGACAUUAACUAGCAGUUAGUCCUAGUUGGAGGUUAUCUGGGAAACUUUUAUCCAUUUCUUAUUUCUACUGCAUUGGUGAAAUAUGAAAUAAACGUAUGAAACUCA